CGCGCUGCGCGGUGCCCGCAGAGGACGGCCCCGGAGGAGAAGGCGUCGGUCGGGCCGUGGCUGCUGGCGCUGUUCAUCUUCGUGGUGUGCGGAUCAGCCAUCUUCCAGAUUAUCCAGAGCAUCAGGAUGGGCAUGUGAAGGCGCCGCCCGCCGCCACCCGGCCCCUCGAGGACCGCGACGGACUGUGCCCCGCGCCCGGCCGGCCCCGGCCCCCCCCGCAGGCGCUGAAGGACGACGCCCGGCGCCGGCCAUGCCUCAUUCCAGGUCCCCUCACGAGUCAUUCCGAGUUUUCUAGUCCAUGCCACAGUGCCUUGAAAAGCACCACAUGUAUAAAGCAAUAAAAUUCUAUUGUUGAUCUACAAUCGUGGACCUACUUAUUCAGCAGAGCAAACCUUCGUGUUCUAUGUACUUCUGCUAACCUGUAUGCAAUGUAGAGACCUGGGACCCGGCACCUGCUGUACGCGCCGGUCUCGAGAUCUGUGUAAGCCUCUGUAUAGCUGGAAAUGCUUUUACUUAAAGUCGGAAGCCGGGAUUUCUGUAGUAGCCGGAGUACAGAUUUAAAGCAUGUUCCUACCGAAGCAGUUGGGCCGCACGGCGUUCUGUUGUUUAUCUAAGUGAAUCGUCGUCUCUGUGUAUGUAGCCCAGCACUGCAGCAUGUGGCAGUGCGUUAGCGCUCAAAUGCUUAUCGUGACAGAAAACUCUACCCUAUACCUCUUGUUCUAAUAAAUAGAAAAUGCUUGUUUGUAUAGCUAGUGGGAGUUAACUAGAGACCAGCGUGGCCAAGCAGCAGCUGUUUCUGACAUAACCCGAUGCUGAGGUUUCACAGACUGUUUAUCAGCGAGGGCAAGAGCUACUGAACUUCUCCCGGCGGCAGGCUGUGACUUUGCUGUAAAUACUUCUUGGACAACCUUCAACAAGUCGUGGUUUUAAAUUUUAAAAUGUUGUAUGGGGAUGUUUCGUGCAGGUAGUAGGGACCCUGCUCCUCCUACCCACAGUUCUGCUUUUAUGCCUAACGUCUGCGGAGCGUGGUGUGUCUCGCGAUGUAUACUCUAAUCGUGUUUAAGGUAAAUCCUGCUUUCAGCUCUGUUUCCUCUAACGAUGGAUCCACUGCUAAACUGCUUCCCUGUGGAUGGUCACAAUUCCUCCUUAGUAACGGUGAAAUGCCAAACGAAACCUUCCCUGCCUGUAUAGAAGAAUGUAACUUAAAAUCACAAUAGAAAUGCUGCUAUUGAUCAUACUUUAUUGCUGAUGGCCUCGGCUCUGCGGCGGCCUCUCAAUGUCUGUUGCGGUAAAUGAAGGCAGUCUUAAAUCGGCCUGCUGUUGCAUGCAGUUGAUAAAGGAAGAUUAUUUUUUUUUCAGGUUUCUUAGAAGACAUUUAAAAUCUGGUUACGUUACUAGUGAUAGAAAAAGUUUCUAUAGAGAUGAAUGACGUGUCUGUUAGCUGUGAAGGAGCAGACUUUUUGCUGGUAUGAGUUGUCACGUUUCCAUUUGAAGUCCUUGGAACUGGUGUAAACCAGCACGGCCCAGGCCGUGCCCCAGAAUCCAGCCAUGUGACGUAACGUGCGCUCCUUAUUCCUGGAAGCUCAUAUUUUGUAACCGGUGGGGGAGGGCAAGUCUGUAUAAUCUCUUAUUUUAAAUAAAGUUCUUCUCAAAUGCGA